AUGACCAGUUCUGUUACUGUAAUAGGACUCUAUGUGACGUCGCGUCUCCUUGAUUCAGGGCCAUUGUCACAUCCCAGUGAAUCGUCAAGUGCUGAGUUUCCUGCAACCCCAGGAAGGCGACUGGUCAUUCCAUUGCUUGUAUUUGUGUUACAGGGAUUGCAGUUUGUGAAAGCUCGUUUACUAUCUAUGGAACUUCCUGCACAUGUUGGGAAAGCCCUUCCGAAAAAUGCUUCUGUUGUUGCAAAUGUUACCGAAGAGCUUAAUGCUCGUGACACGGCAGACUAAUUUGGAAAGUUUGAUCCAUAUAGAUGAAGCCGUCUGCAUCUUCUUGUGAGUCGACCGAUCCUACUUUACCACAUAAGGUACAUAUAGUGGAUGAUGCAUUAGAAAUGGGUGCAAAACAGCUUAAAUUAUUUUCCUUUACAAAUGAAGGUUGAAACUUUUUAUGGUUU